AUGACGAACGAAAAGGAUAAGAGUGCAGCUAAGCACGAUGUUGCUGCUUCACUUACCGAAAGCAAGAAACAGAAGGGCAAAAAGGCGUUGCAAAAAGAGGAAGAAGAACUUAGCGAGGAAGAUCUACAAUUGAAGUCCGAUUUGGAUAUGCUUGUUGAGCGUUUGUUGGGUUCUCAAUUGGACCUAUAUUUACCAUCCUUAGAAAGCAUGAAAAAGUUUAUAAGGGAGUCUACAUCUUCAAUGACAGCUGUUCCAAAGCCAUUGAAAUUUUUAAGGCCACAUUAUCCAGCAUUGGUUUCUCUAACGGAUAAAUGGGAUAAUAAGGAGUAUAAGCAAAAGUUAAGCGAUAUUCUUUCUAUUAUUGGUAUGACUUAUUCAGACACUGAUGGUCCUCAAUAUCACUUGGAUAGUUUAAGAUGGAGACUUCAAAGCAAUGUCGAUUCAGCCAUUGGAGAAUGGGGUCAUGAAUAUCUCCGUCAUUUGGCAUUGGAAAUUGGAGACGCUUACCAUGAAACAGUUGAUGAUGAAGAUUCGUCGAAGCCUGAAGUUGCAAGUCGGGAUGUCGAAGGCGAUCAAAGCAUCAAAAAGGAGAAGGAUACUGAUUCUUCUGAAGUUAGCAAGCAAUCUGAGCUAAAUGCAAAAAAUGUUCAUGUUACUUUCAAGGUCGAAGAACUUAUUCAGCUAUCCAUGAUUAUUGUUGAAUAUUUUCUAAAGCAUAAUGCUGAAACUGAGGCUGUCGACUUAUUGCUGGAAAUUGAACAGAUAGAAAGGUUGCCAAAGUAUGUUGACCAUGAAACUUAUAGCCGUGUUUGCAACUACAUAGAGGCAUGCGUUCCUUUGUUGGCACCACCUGAUGAUUUGGCCUUUUUACAUACAGCCUAUACAAUUUAUCUUAACAAUAAUCAGCUUCCACAAGCCCUUAGAUUGGCUAUGCAUUUGGACGAUGAUUCUCUAAUCAAGGCUGUUUUCGAUGCGACGAACGAUGAACUUGUCCAGAAGCAGCUGGGUUUAAUUUUAGCACAGCAAAAUUCAUCUUACACCGUUGAAAAUGAGGACGUGCAGGCUUGCAUUUCAAAUGUCAAACUCUCAGAAUAUUUCAAAUAUUUGGUUGGUGAAUUAAAUUUGUUAAAGCCAAAGGUUCCUGAGGAUGUUUAUAAAUCGCACUUGGAGACCAGCAUCUUUGCUUCCACGUCCAGACUGGAAAGUGCUAAGCAAAAUUUGGCUGCUGCAUUUGUGAGCUCUUUCCUUAAUGCUGGUUAUGGAACGGAGAAGCUAAUUGACGACGAAAAAUGGAUAUACAGGACUAAAGGGGAAGGUAUGUUAUCAACCACUGCUUCAUUAGGUCUUGUUAAUUUGUGGGAUAUCAAUGAAGGUCUACAAAAGCUAGAUAAAUUUCUCUAUUCCGAUCAACCGGACGUUAAAGCUGGUGCGUUAUUAGGAAUGGGCAUUGCAACUUCGAGCGUUCAUGACAGCGUUGAGCCUGCGCUUUUGAUAUUGCAGGAUUAUGUCUCUGCAGAUACUGAGCAGGAUGCUAAGUUAACUGCUGCUGCCAUAAAUGGAUUGGGAAUUGCAUUUGCAGGCAGUAAAAACGAGGAGGUCUUGAAUUUACUUUCCCCAUUGGUUUCAGAUCCUUCCGUUUCUUUAGAAAUUCAAGCUUUAGCCGCUUUAGCAUUAGGUCAUGUUUUCGUUGGUACAUGUAAUGGAGAUAUAACAUCUACAAUUUUGCAAGCUUUGCUAGAGGAAGAUCCUUUGGAGCUGACGUCAAAGUGGAUUAGAUUUAUGUCUCUAGGUUUGGGAUUGCUAUACAUGGGUAAAUAUGAUCAAAUUGACGAUGUUUUGGAAACCAUCGAUGCCAUUGAGCACCCUAUUGUUAAGACUCUUAAAGUCUUGGUCACGAUUUGCGCAUAUGCAGGUACGGGUAAUGUUCUUCAAAUUCAACAACUUCUGCAAAUGUGUACAGUCAAGGCUAGAAAUGACGACGAUGAUGAAGAUGAUGACGAUGAGGAUGAAGAUGAAGAUGAGGCUGAAGUUGAUCCAGCAGCAGAGGAAGAGGAAGAUGAGGAUGAUAAUGAGGCUGCGGGUGCGGAAACUAGUAAUGUUGAGUCUGAAAAUGCCACAUCUUCUGUUGUUAAGUCAAGCAAUGAUAAUGCUGAUAACGAUAAUGAGAAUGGUAACGACUCGCAAAUGGACACAGAUGAAUCCAGCACUAAGUCUGGUAAAGCAAGUGAACCUAGUCAGGAUAAUAGUGGAGAAGAUGAUACCUACCAGGGUUAUUGUGUUCUCGGCUUAGCCUUGAUAGCUAUGGGUGAGGAAAUUGGACAGGAAAUGUCACUGCGGCAUUUUGAUCAUCUUGUGCACUACGGUACGGCACUUAUCAGAAGAGCUGUUCCUUUGGCUAUGGGACUAGUGUCAGCAUCAAAUCCAGAGAUGAGCGUUUACGAUACAUUAUCUAGAUAUUCACAUGAUCAGGAUUUGGAUGUGGCAUACAAUGCCAUUUUUUCCAUGGGAUUAAUCGGUGCCGGAACUAAUAAUGCACGUCUAGCCCAACUUUUACGUCAGUUGGCAUCUUACUAUAUUAAUGAUCAGAACGGAUUGUUCAUUACAAGAAUAGCACAGGGUCUUGUUCACUUAGGUAAGGGAACAUUGACUUUAUCACCAUUCAGCACGGAUCGUCAAGCCAUGUCCAAGGUGAGUCUAGCCUCCUUACUCACUGUUUCUAUUGCAUUGUUAGAUCCUACUUCAUUCAUCUUGAAUGAUCAUUCUAGUUUUCUCUUCUAUUUAGUUCCAGCUAUGAACCCAAGAAUGCUGGUGACUGUUGAUUCUGACUUAAAGCCAUUAAAAGUCAAUGUUAGAGUUGGGCAGGCUGUUGAUGUCGUUGGACAGGCUGGUAGACCAAAGACCAUUACUGGUUGGGUUACUCAUUCCACACCUGUCCUUCUUGGAUACGGUGAGAGGGCAGAAUUAGAGAAUGAUGAAUAUUACGCUUUGGCAUCAUCCCUUGAGGGUGUUGUGAUACUUAAAAAGAAUCCGGAUUAUAUGGAGGUGGAUGCCUAA